AUGCUGGCAUAUUCUGAGCAUUCUCCGUCCUUUCAUAAACCGAAUACAUAUACGGAGCCCCGGAGAAGAAUGGCGAAGUUUCGGGCAAGCAAUAUUUUAGGCGACCCAUUUGCGCUCGCGACCAUCUCCAUCUCGAUUCUUGCGUGGUUGAUCGCCUUUAUCGCAUCAAUCAUCUCGGAUAUUAAGACAAAUUAUCCCAAUUACUCAUGGUGGGCAGUCGCCUACAUGUUUUGUUGUAUUAUCGGGGUCACAAUUGUUGUUGGUUCGGACACCGGUCUCGUCUAUGGGGUAGCGGUUGUGGGCUAUCUAUCAACAGGCUUAGUGCUGACCACUUUGGCGGUCAAUACUCUGGUCUACGAAAGCGAAUCCUCGUCGCAAGCUGCAGCUGCCGGAUUCAUCCUCUUGUCCAUGGUCAUUGUCGUGUGGAUAUUCUACUUUGGAUCGACUCCUCAAGCUACGCAUCGCGGCUUUAUCGAUUCGUUCGCCCUCAACAAGGAAAGCAGCGGCGCGUACGGAAAUCGACCCAUGUCUACAGCUUUUGGUCAUCGCCCAGAGACAAUGUCGACAAGCGCACCCCAGAUGUACACUUCCGCCCAACUCAACGGCUUCGAAACGUCGUCUCCGGUGUCAGGUUAUCCUGGUGGUGCUCCCGGCUCAGAAAACCGCAGCUCCUCCCAGCCUCGUUUCGGCAACCCAUCUGCCAGCAACGUUGCUGGGAACAACAACGGUCAGGACGAAGUCCCACAGCCAACAGAAUACCCGUACAAGGCAAAAGCGAUAUAUUCCUACGAUGCCAAUCCUGAAGAUGCCAACGAAAUUAGUUUCAGCAAACAUGAAAUCUUGGAAGUGUCGGAUGUCAGCGGCAGAUGGUGGCAGGCCAGAAAAUCCAACGGAGAGACCGGUAUUGCUCCAUCGAAUUACCUGAUUCUGCUGUGA